UUUAUAACUAAGGAUAGAAUUGAAUCUAAGGGAUUUCGUAUAAUAUUUGUAAGUAUUUGAUUACAAUUGCUGUUCAAAAUUAACUACCCAUUGGAAAGUUAAAAUACUUCGAUCAUGGAACUCGAAUCAUUUACUAGGGCCAAAGUAUUUGGUCAACCUUUUCUUCCCACUGAUUUUAAGCUGAUGGUUUUCUUUAUUCAAACCAGUUUUUGGAUUUACGUUGAACAAAUUAAAGGCUGGGUUAAUUACCAAUACCUCGAGUCAUACUCUUGUCCGUGGGGUUAUCUCGCGUUGGCUCGUGAUGUUGUGAUUGUCUACUUGGUCCUUGGCUAUUUAAGCCGUUUAUUUACAAGCAUUCGUGGCUACGGGGUAUACAAGUCGCUUUGUAUGUUCUUUAAGAAAGUGAAUAGACAAGUGUUUUUAACACUUUUGUCAUUGCCACCAAUGAAUAAGAAAGUUGAAAAAGAACUUGAAUCAGUUUUGGCCAAAAUUGAAGAGGAAAUUAUGCAGAAUAAUGAUGAUCUUUUGCAAUUUCCUCAACUUCCAGCUAAAGGCAUUACCACUGAACGCGUUUUGACAGAGUUGGACAAUUUACAGAAUUUAAAGCAUAGUGAUUGGAUUAAUGGGAAAGUGAGUGGAGCUGUUUAUCACGGAGGUAAAUCUCUUCUUGAUUUACAAUCGGAAGCGUAUCAUAAAUAUUCGGUUGCUAAUCAACUACAUCCGGAUGUCUUUCCUGGUGUGAGAAAGAUGGAGGCUGAAGUUGUGUCAAUGGUGCUUAAAAUUUUCAAUGCCCCAGAAACUGGUUGCGGGUCUACAACCUCUGGUGGUACUGAAUCGUUAUUACUUACUGGUUUGGCAGCAAGACAAUAUGGUAAAACUUAUAGAGGUAUCACUCAACCAGAAGUUAUCGCGCCUGUUACUGUACAUGCUGGUAUUGAGAAAGCAUGCUUCUAUUUUGGUAUGAAAUUGCAUAAGGUUGAUUUAGACCCAAAGACUUACCAAGUUGAUAUAAAAAAAGUUGAAAGAUUAAUCAAUAAAAAUACUGUUUUACUUGUUGGAUCUGCGCCUAAUUACCCUCAUGGUAUCAUCGAUGAUAUAGAAGCUCUUUCCAAAUUGGCAUUGAAAAAUAAAAUACUACUUCAUGUUGAUGCUUGCUUGGGGUCUUUCAUUGUAUCAUUUUUGGAAAAAUCAGGCGUCCAUGAUAAAGGAGCUAUUCCCUUGUUUGAUUUCAGAUUACCUGGGGUAACCUCCAUUUCUUGUGAUACUCAUAAAUAUGGUUUUGCUCCUAAGGGUUCCUCUAUAAUAAUGUAUCGUAAUUCGAAAAUUCGUGAAUGUCAAUACUACGUUCUGAGUGAUUGGACUGGAGGUAUGUAUGGAUCUCCUACAUUGGCAGGUUCAAGACCAGGUGCGUUAAUGGUUGGUUGCUGGGCAACUUUAGUUAACAUUGGAGAAGAAGGAUAUACCAAAUCAUGCCGUGAUAUUGUUAGAACUUCCAUGAAAUUGAAGUAUGCAAUACAGGGUAAUGAAAUUCUUUCGAAGUAUCUUGAGGUAAUUGGUAACCCUAUUGGUUCAGUUGUCUCUUUCAAGGUUAGGGACAAUGUCAAUGAUUUCAGUAUUUAUGCUUUGGGUGAUUUAUUAGGUAAAAAGGGCUGGCAUUUUGCCUCUUUACAAAAUCCGGCUGCGCUUCAUUUUGCAUUGACCAGAUUGACAAUCCCCAUCAUUGAUGAACUUAUUGGGGAUAUCAUCGAGUCUACAGAACAUCUAGUUGAAGAAAAUGAAAAGCAUGGCGAUAACAAAAAGAAAGACGUCGGUGAUACCGCGGCUUUAUACGGUGUUGCAGGUAGCGUCACCACUUCCGGUGUAGCUGAUAAAGUCAUCGUUGCUUUCCUUGAUACUUUAUAUAAAAUAUAG